AUGACGCCCGCGCCGUCGACGCACACGCAGGCGGUGAUCGUGGGCACGAUCGCGUAUUACCUCGGGAAGAAGGCGGAUGAGUAUCACUCCCAUCGAUGGACGGUGUACGUGCGAGGGGUGGACGGGGAGGAUCUCUCGCGAUGCGUGCGGGCGGUGACGUUCGCGCUGCAUCCGAGCUUUGACGAACCGACGCGGAGGUUGGAGCACGCGCCGUACGAGGUGACGGAGACGGGAUGGGGUGAGUUUGAUAUAGGGGUGAAGAUUGAGUUCACGGAGGAUUCGGGGGCGGGGUUCGUGGAGACGACGACGCCGUUGAAGUUGUUUCCGAGCGCGGAGGAGAUCGCGAAACACGGGCAGCAGACGACGAAGAAGCCGUUGAUCAAGGAGCGGUACGAGGAGAUUGUUUUUCACGAGUGUGAGAGUGGGUUUUAUAAGCGGAUGAAGGGACAGGCGGCUAAAAAGGCGCCGAAGAGCGAACACGACGCCGUGUGGGGGUCGUUCAAGGAGAAGCCCGAGUUGGUGUCGAUUUACGCCGCGAGAGAGGUCACGAGAGAGCGGAUAAAGGUCUUGAAGCAGCAAUUGGAGGUGUUGGAGAGCAUCGACGCGAACACGUAA